AUGGGCAAGGAUAUUCCAGUUUCGUUUCCUCUCCUCCUGGUACGGGUUGUUGCUGAAGAUGCUGAAUUAGUUUUCCUGGUGUGUUCUCAGGUCGUUCAGGGUUUGUUUUUAAUGAGGAUUAAGCCUUUAUAUGCCCUUGGUGCAAAACUUAAGCCAUCAGCAUUACAGUGUUACUGUCAUCUAUGUACAAAAGACAACUUUACAUGUGUGACAGAUGGGCUGUGUUUUACCUCAGUAACACGAACUGCAGACAAAGUCAUACACAAUAGUAUGUGCAUAGCAGAAAUAGAUCUGAUUCCCCGAGACAGGCCAUUUGUUUGUGCCACCUCCGCCAGAGAUGGAGUUGUUACUGUGCCUUAUUGCUGUGACAGAGACCACUGCAAUAAAAUAGAACUUCCAAUUCCAACACCAGGCCCUACUCCAGGAAAACCAGCUUCUAAUCUAGGACCUGUGGAACUGGCUGCUGUCAUUGCUGGACCUGUCUGCUUUGUCUGCAUUUCACUAAUGUUGAUUCUAUAUCUUUGUCAUAAUCGUACUGUAAUUCAUCAUCGUGUGCCAAGUGAAGAAGAUCCCUCACUGGAUCGUCCCUUUAUAUCGGAAGGAACUACUUUAAAGGAUUUAAUUUAUGAUAUGACAACUUCAGGCUCUGGGUCAGGCUUACCUUUACUUGUGCAAAGAACAAUUGCAAGAACUAUAGUACUUCAAGAAAGCAUUGGUAAGGGUCGCUUUGGAGAAGUCUGGCGAGGGAAGUGGAGAGGAGAAGAAGUUGCUGUGAAGAUCUUCUCUUCAAGAGAGGAACGCUCAUGGUUUCGUGAAGCAGAAAUUUAUCAAACAGUUAUGCUACGACAUGAAAACAUUCUUGGAUUUAUAGCUGCAGACAACAAAGACAAUGGCACAUGGACUCAGCUGUGGUUGGUGUCAGACUAUCAUGAGCAUGGAUCACUCUUUGAUUACCUGAACAGGUAUACAGUAACAGUUGAAGGAAUGAUAAAAUUAGCUUUGUCUACUGCCAGUGGUCUUGCUCAUCUUCACAUGGAAAUUGUUGGCACGCAAGGCAAACCAGCGAUUGCCCACAGAGAUUUGAAAUCAAAAAAUAUAUUGGUAAAAAAGAACGGAACAUGCUGCAUUGCAGACCUAGGACUGGCAGUUAGGCAUGAUUCAGCUACAGACACAAUUGAUAUUGCCCCAAACCACAGAGUGGGAACAAAAAGGUACAUGGCACCUGAAGUUCUAGAUGAUUCCAUAAAUAUGAAACACUUUGAGUCAUUCAAGCGAGCAGACAUCUAUGCAAUGGGAUUAGUGUUUUGGGAAAUAGCUCGGCGAUGUUCGAUCGGUGGAAUCCAUGAAGAUUACCAGUUGCCAUACUAUGACCUCGUUCCUUCAGAUCCUUCUGUUGAAGAAAUGAGGAAAGUUGUGUGUGAGCAGAAGUUAAGGCCCAAUAUUCCAAACAGAUGGCAGAGCUGUGAGGUGUUACGAGUAAUGGCAAAAAUUAUGCGAGAAUGCUGGUAUGCCAACGGAGCUGCUAGGCUAACAGCUUUGCGCAUUAAGAAAACAUUAUCGCAACUUAGUCAACAGGAGGGGAUAAAGAUGUAAUCCUGGAUUUGCUACCGAAGAAUACUGUAAAAAUCCGUAUCUGCACCAGAGUGGCAUGUUAAGAAGGUUAAUUGUUCUACCUCAUUGGGAGAACAGAAGGAUAUUGCUGCCUUUUAGUACUUCAUAGGAACGUCACUUAUUAGGAUUUUUGUGGACGUGCUAGUUGGGUCCUUUCUGUGCACUAUGAACCUCUUUCCCAGGUUACUUACAAAACAUUGUGUAGUCUAGUUCUAUUUUUAUUAACCUAUAAUUUUUUUAUUUGGAAAGUUGAUAGCUGGUCUUAACUUCUAGUUAACUGUGCUAAAAAUAGGAGGUCACUCUUAAAAUGGAACUGGUUCACUAUAUUGUUCUAGAGCGCAUUGAAGCAACUUUAUUUCUGACUGGUACAUCGACUAUUCUGAAUCACUGUCACAGCUCUUUGAUUCAGAUUGUGGAUGUACUGUUGGAGUAUACUCUGCUAGCUAUUAAGGUAGUAUAUCUUUUGGACUCUUACCUUGACUUACAAAUUGACCUCAUUUAGUUGUGGGAACAUAAUUUAUGCAACUAUACUUUAUACAUGA